UUAAGACUGGACGAGGCGCAAGAAGCCGAGUGCCAGGCCCUGAGGCUGCAGCUACAGCAGGAGAUGGAGCUGCUCAACGCCUACCAGAGCAAAAUCAAGAUGCAGACGGAGGCCCAGCAUGAGCGGGAGCUCCAGAAGCUGGAGCAGAGGGUGUCUCUGCGCAGGGCACAUCUUGAGCAAAAGAUUGAAGAGGAGCUGGCCGCCCUUCAGAAGGAACGCAGCGAGAGGAUCAAGUUUCUAUUGGAAAGACAAGAGCGUGAGAUUGAAACUUUUGACAUGGAGAGCCUCCGAAUGGGAUUUGGGAAUUUGGUUACAUUAGAUUACCCUAAGGAGGACUAUAGAUGAGAUUAAAUUUUUUUGCCAUUUACAAAAAAAAAUGAAAAAAUGAAAAAAUUAAAACCCUGCAAAACCACAUUCCCCAUUGGAACGGGCGUCGCUCUCUCGCGCUCUCUCUCUCUCUCUCUUACUCUUACUGACAUCGUGUCGGACUAGUGCCUGUAUAUUCUUACUCCAUCAGGGGCCCCCUUCCUCCCCCGUGUCAAGUUUCAGUGCUGGCCACCCCCCGGCCCACUCUUUUAUUCAUAGUACGUCACAGUAUUGAUGUGAUUAUAAAAUGUUUCAGUGAAAACUUUGGAGACAGUUUUAAACAAAACCAACAGACCAACAAAUACGAAUUUUUUUUAAAGUGGAUGUAUGUUUCUUUAAAGCAAUCACUCAUGACCACCCACCUAUGAAAGUCAAGCAAAAAAAAAAUAAAUAAAUAAAAAAUAACAAAAAAAAAGAAUUCUAAAUGCCAAGGGGGAGAGAGACACAAAUCCGCAGCCUUACACCUUAAACAGCUGCUACAUUCUUCUUUCUUUCCUUCCUUCCUUCCUUCCUUUCUUUCUUUUCUUUUUCUCUUCUUUUU